GCAAUGUUUACUUUUUAUUUCCCAUUUCAUUUGUCUUCUCUUUUGUUGUUGAUAUUAUGCCUGCCAAUAGUUUGCGAAGUGUUUAUUCACCUAAACCCAUCUUUUGUUCGUUAUUAGAAGCAGGACAAAGAUUUCAAGGUGUACAGAACUCUUGGAAGUUGGUGAAGGACUUGGACUAUUGGACAGUGAAUGUGGAGAUUCAGAACUAUGAACCAGAGAAAGGCUACAUUUGUGGCAGUAUGGAAGCCAUAGAUGUUCCAAGGUUUGAUUAUCCAGUGAUAACCUUUUGGGAAGGUCAAGUUGUAGACAACAUUCAUUAUGGCUUUCGCACAGGCUGUUGGGACGCAACAGAGGAAGAUGACUUGAGACACUGGUCAAAGUUCUCAGCUUUUAGACCAUUUGAAAGAAUGUUUGAAAGAAACAGAGCGAGAGAAGUAGCAUUGCAUCAGUUGGAAUAUGUAUUUAUGCGUUGGAAGGAACGAUAUUUCGUAAACGUCCCUCACAACUGUGGAUUGACGAUUGCUGGAUUUUAUUAUAUUUGUAUGAAUCGAAUCACAGGAAAAACACAAGGUUAUUACUUUGACCCGGAUAGUGUACCUUUUCAGAAACUUCAACUUUCACCUUUAUGUCUAUUACAAGGACAGGGAUUCUCUACAUCUAGUUUUGCAUUUCAAUAGUUGGUAAAUGCAUUUCACACUAACCAAUAAAAAU